AUGCCAGAUUCCAAUUCUCGAUCAUAUUCCCCCGACGGAAGCAGUGACUCAGUCAGUAUUUCGAACAGAGAGGAAAUUGGUGUAUCUGAAGAAUGCUACGCCUUCACUGGUCUCCAGUUAUCUGAUGUCACUAAUGCUCCUUCAUUGUGGGAGGCCCUCGAAACAUUUGAUAACUGGUUGAUAACUCAAGGACUGUUCUACACAACAAAUGGUACCAAAGAGAGUAACUUUGAGUUGGCUGUUGAUGGCGGAACAGGUUUAAGGCUCGUAUUGCAUCAAUCACUUGAUUAUCCCAUUGAAAAGACCUUCAGAAGGUUUCCCUACCUCUGUCAAUUUAUUGACAUUAAGAAGGCCUUCAUGUUACUAUAUUGGAGGAUCGAUUGCCCCUUCACAAUGAUCGACAUGCUACAUAGUUUGAAUUUGCAGAUCCCAGAUUAUCCACCAAAUUUCUCUCCUGAGGCUGCGACUUGGGUUACGUCGAGUGCCAACCAAAUGGUGAAAAGUGACGCUAUGCCUGCUAGUUGCGAUACCUUUGGCCAUAAAACAAUUUCAGAGUACCCACAGUUUGGCUAUUGGCCACUAAUGUAUUGUCGAACAAUGGCAAAUCUUUGUGGAAGGAUGACUUCUGAUGGUAUACCUUUUGUAGCUUUAGAGCACAGUGGAAAUCAUUUGAGAAAAUUAAUCCAUUUUGCCAACCUAAAUUUGUGUACCCGAAGUAGCGACAAUGUCCCCGACGAUGUUGUAGUUCGAGCUCGCGGUUUACCCUGGCAAGCAACCAACAUUGAAGUAAAGCAUUUUUUUCGUGGUCUCAACAUUGCUCCAGGAGGAAUAGCUCUAGUUCUGAGUAAGGCGGGUCGACGAAAUGGCGAAGCAGUCAUCCGCUUCACUACUCGAGAACAGCGUGAUCUAGCGCUGAAGAAGCACAAACAUCACAUGAACCAACGCUACAUCGAAAUUUACGCUGCGAAUUCAGUUGAAUUCAUUGCAGUGGCUGGAGGUGAGACUCAAGAGGCGGAGGCUUAUUUGAGCAAAUUUACUUCGUCAUCUCAAUCGCUUAUCCGAAUGAGAGGACUGCCUUACACCGUUUCGGCGGAAGAGAUCAUCGAAUUUUUCGCCAAAACGGGCUGUCAGGUACAGUUUGAUAGGGCGGGAAUCUUGUUUGUCAACCGAAAAGAUGGUCGGGCUACUGGAGAUGCCUUCGUCAUGUUCGCUACUGACGCAAAGGCAGAAAAAGCUCUUCAAAACCAUCGCCAACAUAUUGGAAAUCGAUACAUUGAAUUAUUUAGAUCCACGCCAGCGGAAGUUAAUCAGGUUAUGAAUGCUGUACUAAAGCAGUCAAUCGACAUUCUACCAUCACUCUGGCCAACGAAUUUUGAUGCUGAUAAAUACCUUUCACAUUCCGGUCCACUGUUAAACCUUCAAAAUCCAACUAUGUUCUCCAACUCUUCUAAAGGUGGCCUGCUUAUUCCCAACCCGAAUUUCACCCUGCCGAUUAUGAAUGUGCCACCCAUGACUUUGGCGGUAACUAACACUUUGAGCAACCCCCUUCGUGGAUCCCCACCGAACCCACCCUUACUCUCAAGUGGACAUUUGUUGCGCAUAAAGGGCAUGCCACCAGGAACCACUGUGAAUGAUAUUCUCCACUUCCUUGGAUCUUAUUGGCCGGCUGUGGCAUUGCAUGGCAUUCACUUAAUCUACACUGCUACGGGAGAAGCGUCCGGUGAAGCCUUUGUACGUUUCAUCUCCCAGCAGGUAGUUCAAAUGGUUCUGGCGGAGAGGCAAGGUCAGCCGAUAACAAAUGCAGCAACAGGUGUCCAGGCAAAUGUUCAACUCUCUCCGGCAACUCUAGCAGAUUUGGUGGACUUCAUCAGCAUUCCUGGAUCGCAGUCGAGCAUCAAUUGGAGUAACGUCGGAACGGCCAAUGCCGCCGCCGCCGUGGCUGCCUUUGGCGCCCAAUUGAAUCCGUAUCCACACCUCUUUGCUGCUGCCGGCUCGGGUGCUGCCUCAUCGCUUCAUACCCAUCUGUUCAUGCAGCUGCGUGCAGUGGCGCCUUUUGUCACCAACGCUACACCUUCAUCGGUGUUACCUACACCAGCGGAGGGUCUUACAUUCACAGCCGCUCAAUCACCACCUUCAGUAAAAUCGGAUGCGGAUAUUCUCUGUCAGGCCACCAUUCGCACUGGUAACUUCAUGUGA